CAAACAAAACACAGUAGACUUCCAAGAUGGCUGAAGAGUGGUUUUAGCAAGUUGGCCCACCUUAGGAUAUACUUCUAGGCGCCUUGGACUGCAGCUCUGGGCGCAGCCCUAUGUCGGAAGUAAUGCAUACCGUUUGCACACCCCUCGGUUUGUAUGCAAACACUGUCACGAAAAUUUAUUUUUCUUUGCGUUCGCAUACAGGAACUUUUCUCUUUAAUUAAUUAAGGAUUAUUGUUGCCCUACGAUGCCCUGUGUUGUUCCGACGUGUAGGAGUGCCGAUGGAGCUUUCAAAUUAUUUCCACGGAGCGAGGUGCUUUCCUCGAGAUGGCUAGAGGCGAUCCAAGCAGGAUCCGGAUCCAUUGUGCCAAUCAGCGAAGAUCUCGAACUAAGUCAAUCAGAAAUAUGUAUGUGGCAUUUCCCGGCGGAUGAGGAUGAAACAGAUGAGUAUCAUUAUCAGGAACCGACGUUAUUCGCGAAUUGUUUGGGAGAAUAUGUGGAAAUUGGCAGCUGUCGACUGUGCUUACGGUUUUAUCCUGCUUCAGCUAUGAUAUCAAGACAUGAAUUCACCGAAGAAAAUACAUCCUCGGUCAUCAUCGAACAGCUGAUGAAUGUUUGCUUUCAGGAUAAUGAUUUCCUCCAUCUGAUAUGUCAGGAAUGUUUGGCAAGAAUUGAAAUUUUAAAUUCUAUUCAAACUUUUUUCGCAAACAAUGCGGCGGAGUACCAAGAAGUUGCUAAAAUAGGCGAAAGUAGCGCUCAGGAACUGCACUGUACAAUAAAGCUUGAACAUCCAUCCGUGGAUGCAUUCAUAGAAGAAGAAACUAACGAAUGGACUCCCGAACUUCACGAUACCGUUGUAGAUUUAAGCAGCGAAGAACAUGGAUUAUCGUCAAACGAAUCUGAAUUGGCGACAGAGGUGUCAGGAUUAAUCAUAGCAGAUGAAUUUGGAUCCGACCAAGUGGGAGCGACUGUGAAUUCUAACACUAUGAAGAAAACAAUGGACAGAAAAUGCUAUAUUUGUGUUAAAGUUUUAGACGAUGCAAAUGAUUUGCUGUCUCACCUCACCGAACAACAUGCGACAAAAACCGAUUACCAUUGCCAUGAAUGUGAUAAGAAGUUUCCUGAGGUGGCACCGUAUAAUCGGCAUCUGGGUCGUCAUGAAGGGAACGAACGUCCCCAUAAAUGUUCGCUCUGCCUUCUUCGGUUUUGUGCGAAAAAGCAGAUGAGAGCCCAUCAGAACAAGGUCCACCAGGUAGCAAAUAAGGUAAAGCGUAAUUCCGAAACAGCCCGAUCGAACAUAUGCGAAACAUGUGGCAAAAUGUUCAAGUACAGAAGUAAACUCACAAACCACAUUCGGGUAGCGCAUGAGAAAUUGCUGGUACAUAAUUGUAAUAUUUGCAAUAAAACUUUUACGGCUAAAUCCAGCCUAGAGCGACACAUGCUUCUGCAUACCGACGAAAAACCACACAAAUGCCCGGAGUGCGGCAUAUGCUUCCGUCGGUUGUUGAAUUUGCGAAACCACAUCGAUAUGGUCCACGAAGGGAAAAAUCCUCACGUCUGCUCGGUUUGUAAUCUGGAGUUCAAAAACUAUCAUGCCCUUUACGUACAUAAACAAUAUGUUCACCUCAAAAAACUACCCUCGUCUGCUCAGACGAAACCUUACCAUCUAAUCUGCCAACUUUGUAAAAUAGCACAUAAAAAAUCGGAUGAACUGGCCGAACACAUACAGACCAGCCACGCGGACGAAGAGUAUCCCUACGUGCAGUGUCCAAACUGUCCCCGAACAUUCCUCACCAAGCAACAACUGGCGCAUCACAAAGAGAUCCACACCGACAAGUACGCUUGUGCGGAGUGUGGUCAACGUCAUGCCACGAUACAACGACUCCAAACGCACAUGGACAAUCGACACACGGAUGUGCGUAAGUAUGAUUGCCCACUUUGCAUCACCAAAUCAUACAAAACUGCGUCGGCACUGCGGCGACACGUUGCGUCCCACACCAAAGGGAAGACCUUCACGUGCGAUUUCUGUGAUAAAUCUUUCAUGCGAAAGGAUCAGCUAGCUAUUCAUAGGCGGAUACAUACGGGCGAAAAACCUUUCCAAUGUAUGGUUUGUUCGAAACGGUUCAGCGAUGACGCCACAUUCAGCAAGCACAAGAAACGUUGUCAAAUGAUUUCGUUCGCGCCCGAGGAAACAAUUGAUAACUUAUUCGAAGAUAGUUUUUGAAGGUAAGUGAGAGGAGGAAGUAACAGCGAUUAGCCAAAAAUAUAUCUACGUUCGUGUAGAGCGCA